AUGGAGUUCAAUACUAAUCGCAUAAAGAAUGAAUAAUAGGUUAAUAUAAUUCACCUUUUAUAUGAAUAAAUUUCUUAAGAAAACUCCUCACAUAUUAUGCUAAUGGUUAUUCAUUCAUAUAAGAGGUCAGUGUUAAUUCAGCUAUUUAUCUUGCUAAUCUAUAAAUAUCAAAUUUUAAAACUAAUUAGAAAGGAAUCUUAAAGAAGAGAGUAUAAAAAUAUGUUAGCUUUUUUAUGA